GCCAUGCACCAUUCAGCAGUUAGAUCUCUUCUCUCUUUCUCUUCUCUUUUCGUGGGUUCUCUUCCUUAAAGGUCAACUUUUCCGAUAAACCUCAAAUUAAAUCCUCUCCGCAAAUACAGCUAACACUGACAACAAAUUCGGCAGCAAGCUCAUAUUCGAAUUAACCCGUCUUUUAUCAAUCUAAGCAAACUUUCCAGAAUUCAUGAAAGGAGUCCACAUUUAAAAGCUGCUAUCAUUAUCUUUGUCAAAAGGAACACAUGUUUAAAAUCAUACCUUCUCGACAAACCAACCAAGCGUCGCUUCUAUUUAAACUCAGACUAACUUCAUUCAUUUUGUUUAGAAACCCAAAAUUUUUGGUUAAAAACCCAAAAUUUUGAGAACCCAGAUUGCGAUCUUGAAAACGAAAAUGGCCUUGGACCUUUCCGCGUCAAGCUCCGCAGAAGAUGAUAUGAGCUCCUUUGACCCGCAAGGUCAUUUGGAAGAAGAAAUCGGCCCUAAUAUAUUCCAACAACCUUCUUUGCCGAGCGCUAUUGCACAAAUAAACAUUGCCAACUUACUUGCUACAAACAAUUAUCAACAAAAACUUGCCAUGAAACAUGCACAACAAAUUUCACCGUCAUUGCAGCUUUAUCAGCCAUCAGUUCCUGUGAAUUACCCGCAACCAAAUUACGGUCAACAAUUGUUUUCAGCCAUGUCAAAUCCCUGGUUGCAACACCAAAGCUUUUUGGCUGAAUAUCAGAAAAUAUUACUUGAAAACGUGGCGAACCAAUCGUCCAUACUUCAUGGCUUACAUCAGAGUUUGAAAAACGAUCAGUUCCCGCCCCCCUGUCAGGACUCGGCAGCUUUCAUGACUCCAAAAACCGAAGCCGAACUGGAUUUAAACUCUCCGAAACAUUUGAAAGCAUUAGCUGAGAAAAUAAAACAAAAAAGCAACAGGAAGACACUUCAGAAAGUUGAAAAACUGCCCAAAAAAGCGCGAAAAUUGUUUAAAAAUACCGGUGAAUAUGGAAAUAUUGCAAAUAUUGUUGCGAGCAACUAUUGUUUGAAGAAAGAGGACGACUCAAUGGGAACAAAGACGCCAUCAUCGCAAAGUGAACCACAAAACUUUGGUCACAAUUCUUCGCUCAACCAACUCAAAAUAGACGAAGACCAGCCUUUGGAUUUGACCUUGAAGUCUCCGGGUCACAGGGUCAAUUCAGUGCCUGAAGGUGCAAUGGCAAUUGAUCUUUCGUCACCUAGGGCAAGCUGCUUCGCAAUGGAGUUUCCGUCCCUGGUGUCCAAUGAUAAUGGGGGAGGGACGGGAGAGUUUAUUGGGGAGACUUCGUCGGAGCCUGUAAUUGACGUCAGGAACCAUGAAGUGAUUGGCUAUGCGGACUCUGCCAAGAUGCCGAGGUCUCGCAAGGAGUGCAGAAAAGGACCAGGGACGGCGCGUAAUCUGAAGAGUGCUAAGUUGUGGGAGUUGUUGCUGUGGCUGCUGAGCCGACCAGACCAGUACUCGGCUGUGAUCCAGUGGCGCAACAGGAGCAUCGGCUUCUUCAAACUCCUCAACGAUGACUACCUUUUGGACAUCUAUAACGACUACAAGGACAGCAUUCCAGGUCGCCAACCAUCGAGUAAGAAGAUUCUCUACUCCAGCAUCACGAGGGCUUUGAGACACUACUACUGGAACAGCACCCUACACCCCACACCCAAGAGGAAGACAUACCAGUUCGGACCCAAUGCCACCGGGUGGCAGAGAGGGGUUGAGAGAGAACACGCCCUCCAGAGUCUGUACCAGUGGGAACAGAUCAAAGCCAUGAAGAGCCUGCAAGAUCCAGGCAUGCGAGUACUAUACGCCAAGUAUGGCAAAGACUUCGCUACUAAUUGCUCCGACGAAGACCAAAAUGACGUCACUAUGUCGAAUGAAAGCCUAGAGAAACUCGUUGCCAAUUAUAGCGCGUUGAGUUCUUCGACCUUCGCAACUCCUUCAGAAAUAUCGCCAAUUUCAACAAGAAAUGUUUUUCUGCCAAGUCCAGAAAAAGACUUGUCGGAAGUUUCGAUAUCGGAGUAUGAAGAUGAUUCAUUUAAUUUGCAGAGCAAUUCGAUUGACGUCGGAACUUUCGAAUCAGGCCAUGUUAACUCUGGUGCACUGAACAAUGAAUUACAAACACAGAUCAUCAUACCAGAACCUCCCAAAAAUAAAAUGGUUCACGUUUGCCCUGAGAACUCAGCUGCGAUUGAAAGCUCCGCAAAUCAGCUGAUGAAAACUUCGACUAACAACGGAAUUGAAGAAGCCACAACUUCGACUUCCAAAGCAAACAUAGAGAACACUCAAAACUAAUUAUAAAUCAAUUGAGUGACAAAAAAUCUUCUCGGUAUUAUGAGAGCGGGUUUUUUUUCCUGAGAGCAAUUUUUCUGGAUUUCGAAUUUUAAAAUUUGACUAAAAAUCUCUGUAAAUAUCGUAUAUACUUCUACAA